AUGUUGUAUUUUGAAUUGUUUUUGAAUUUUUAUUUUAACAGGUCAUCAAGGUCAACAUGCGCAAUCUGGACUAUAAAACCGUCUUCAUCUCACUCUGCAUUUUACACCUCGUCUUUGUCUGUGAAGGGCGACCCCUAAGAAAAAGGACGGUGAGUGAGGUCCAGCUGAUGCACAACCUCGGGGAGCACAGGCAGGUGCAGGAGCGCCGGGAGUGGCUGCAGAUGAGGCUCCGGGGCAUCCACACCGCGCUGGCCCGGGGCAGCAGCGGGGAGGCUGGCCGGUCGAGGAGGAGGCUGCGUCCCGAGGAGCUGCCCGACCUGAGCGACCUGACACCGGAGGAGAUCCAGUACGCUCUGAACCUCUUGGAGAAGCUCCUCAAGUCAAACCAGUCAUGAUUUUGAUUUUAUAUAACAUUUCCAACAUCCCUUUUACAGAGGUUCAGGCUAGUUAUUUAUUUUAUUUUUUAUUUGGAAAAAGCGUUUGA